AUGAUCUAUGGAUUGGAGAAGUGGAAAGCGCCGCCAACGAUGAUAGAGAAGCUUGUCUGCAUGGAAGGUGAGGCGCUCAGACGGAAGCUUGAAUACUUACUAAUGGUGUGCCAUAACGAAGAACUUUGCUUAGAAAUGGAUGUGGCGUGCUGGCGAAUGUCGCGAGUGAAAUAUCAACAUAUUACUCCAUCUUCUGAAAUAGGAAAAAAUAAAACCGGUGCCAGGCUGCUAGCUUUCGGGGAUAGAGGACAACACCCCCGUUGCGUCAUACUGCUAAUGUCUACUAUGUUUUCUUCAGAAGCUAGGGCGUACCCCAGAAGCGACGCGCAUUGUCCUCGCCCGGGCAAUGCGGCAAAUAUGCGAGGGCUACCGGCUAGAGGACGGAGCCGGCCAAAGAAGUUAGUCCUCCAUCGCCAGCAACAUCCAGUGCGCUUGGCAACACUUAACGUUGGGACGCUCACUGGAAGAAGUCGUGAACUGGCUGACAGUCUCAGAAAACGCCGUUUUGACAUAUGUUGUGUACAGGAGACUCGCUGGAAAGGCUCCAAGUCAAGGGAAUUAGGCGAUGGCUACAAGCUCAUCUACCACAGCACAUCAAAUCGUAAUGGCGUUGGUAUCAUAUUGAACGAGUCGUUUAGAAAUAGCGUCACAGCGGUGGAUCGACUAUUGGAUCGCUUGAUGACUGUAAAAGUAGAUCAAAGGAGAAGUGGAAUCGCGAGUUGUAUCUGCUUAUGCGCCACAGAUGGGCUGAUAGAUGCGCGUUUAUGUACGGCUGAUGCAAUGGAUAGAACCAAAUGGAAGACAAGAAGCAGAAAGGCGGACCCUGCAACAACGCUAGGAAGAAGAAGAAGAAGACUCCACCUUCUGAAUUAG